AUGCACAACAGUCACAACGGAGCUAGGACCUCAGCCCUCCUGCGCUUUCUGAUAUCUACAAUUUACACCUCUCCCUAUGUUGACCCCUCUGCCUUUUCUUCCCGCAUCGGAGUGCACCUUAAGAACUGGCUCAUCCUCCGCAAUAUGGUAGAACCAUUUUCAAUGGCGGCAAGCUCCUUUGCCGUGUUUGGAUUAACGGACGUCGUGAUACGGGCUGGCAAGGAAAUCUAUCAUCAUCUUAUUGCAAUCACAGAUGCGCCAGCAGAAGUGGAGAGCCUGCGAUGCUGCAUACACGACAACCUCCUUCUCGUUAAAGACUUGAAGCUGUACUGGCAAGAGUUAAGGGCAUCUGCAUCCUUCCCACCAUCAGCUACUACUCCAGCUCUAAACCGAGCGUUGCCUCUGUUUAGGUCUGCCUUGGAGACCUUGAACCGCGAAUUGACGAGUCUCGUUGCGUUCUACGAAUGCCAUGACGGCAUCACCAAAUCGAAGGGCAGAUUCAAGUGGGUACUCGAUGAGCCAAGAAUACUCAAAUACCUGCAGAGGCUUGAAAGCUCGAAAUCAACACUGGUUGCUGCUUUAGUGCUUGUUGGAAGACGACAGGAUCAUCUUUACCAGCGAAGCGUGGAAAGCAAAAUUCAUCAAGGAUUUCAAAACAUGACGACCAAGUUCAUGGGUCACCUGCAAAGGCUUGAGCCAGGGAUGCACAAUUUUCGGAAGAGCGUUUCAGCCCGGCAAACCAGCUUAGGAAUGUCCAAUUCCCAUUUGCAUGAGCAAGAGGCUGGUAUGCAGAAGCACCCUUUGAGCGGUAGUCGAAACGCUCUCAGGGAGGACAACAAGAACCGGCAUCAGAUAAGCCGAGGUAACGCCCAGGUCAUUGAUACUACAUGCUCCAAACUUCAGGAUCUACGUGGAAACUUGUCCCCGACAUAUAAAUCAGCAAAUAAGCACAGCCGCCAGAUUCGAUUCAACGGACAUAGUUUGGAAUCUACACUACUCCCACUACUUCUCUUGAAGGCUGAGCUUCGCGGCGCCAUUCUCAUGGUCAUGUCCCAACAUAGCGGCCAAGUUUCGCACAAACACCUUUGCUGGCUUGAAUCAGAGUUUGAGAAUCUUGUAUCAUCGGCAACUCAAGAAGUUGCAGCUACUUCACAGGGCUCUACAGCGACGUCGUUUGAUGACUGGAUUUACUCGCAAGGAGUGACUUCUUACUAUAUAGCGCAACAUGGGCACAGAUACCCACCAAUGUCGAAGAAGACGCCCAUAAACGAGCAUGAUUCAAGCCGUGAAACGACCAAAUCCACCCAUGUCGACACAAGAAAACGAUCAAGAUCAAGUCGCCAAUCUUUCUCGUUUAUGUUGCCUGUGGGCACGAUUGUAAUCGUGAUGCCGCGUCGAAAUUGUGGGUGGCCAAAUGCAUCCGAUUCAUACAGUAUCCAUGAAGUUGGCUUCUCAUUUUCACCACAGUCCCGGAUAUGUUCGACAUCGAUUCAAGGACGGUUCAUGAAGGUGAAAUCUCUUAGGCCAGAGCCUCGACUUCACGCUCAGCUCAACGCUUUCAACAUGGUCAGAAAUUGUAGCCUGCAUAUUGAGCUCAUCUCCUGUGGCACGCUCAAGGAGAUCGACGCCGCGAUUCGAAACGGUAGAAUAUCUCCGUAUGACGUCAAUAAAGACAUGGGAAACGUCUGUUUGUAUAUUGCAGCAUAUUACGGUCGAUUGGACCUGUUUCACUAUUUUAACAGCCAAGGGAUUGGUCCGUCAAAUUUAGAUGGUGAACACGGCGCCUUGUUUGGCCUCUGGGAUUCGUGGAUAUUUCUUCUGAAAGAAGAGGAAUAUGAUUUCAAGCAGGAAAAUGAGUGUGGGAGAACGCCGCUACUGGAUCAGCUCGCUACUAAGGGUUGUCUAAGUCUAGAGAUGGUUCGCCUGUUGCUGGAGUUUAAUGUAAAUAUCCACGCGACCGACUGUGAUGGACAAAACGCUCUCCAAUGUGCCAUGUGGAGUUUCAGACGAGAAGAGCAACGCGAUAUCAUGGAGCAGAAGCUUUAUCUGCUAAUCAAGGCCGGAGCCGAUGCCAAUCAUUGUGACGAAUUCGGAGAAACUCCAUCGGAUCAUGCACGAAAACGCGCAUGCUGGAAAGAAUGGUGCGGAGCCCUGGAAUCCAACAGCCUCAAGGUUGAUGAAGUUCUCCAAGCUGAUGAGGAACGACGGAAAGCUUUUUGGCAACAAAGAGCACAGGGGAGUGGGAGCAGAGUACAAGCAGAACAGACACCAGAAGACUGUUCGAAAGACUGGGCAGAAGAGUGGAUAGAAAUGUAUACGAACGAGGGUGCAGAAAGAGAUCGUAGGAGAGUGAGCAAAAGAGCCAGCUGA